AUGACGUCCCACAAUCUUGCGCAGUGUUGCACCGUCGGCUCUUUGCAUGAGGGCGAAGCUCGAGGUGAGAUAAAGGAAAUUGACAAUAUCUCGACUUAUUUGGUGUACCCAGGAAACAAGUCCACCAAAAACGCGAUUUUGAUCCUCACGGAUGUGAUCGGGCACACCCUUAUCAAUGCGCAGCUGAUAGCGGAUCAGUUCGCAGCUAAUGGGUAUUUUGUUGUCAUGCCAGACCUUUUCGGAGGCGACAGUGUUCCCAUGAAUCGGCCUGAGGGUUUCAACAUACAUGAUUGGGCCAAGAAUCAUCAACCUGCCCAGACUGACCCAAUCAUUGACACGAUCCUCAAAGAGAUGCGCGAAAGCCUAGGUUGCCAAAACAUUGGGGGUGUUGGCUACUGCUUUGGUGGAAAGUAUGUUUGUCGCUAUCUCUCUCCUGGGAAGCUAGAUGUCGGCUACACGGCCCACCCGACCAAUGUGGAGGUGACUGAACUCGAGAAUGUUCGAGGUCCAUUGAGCAUUGCUGCUGCUGGCAAGGAUUUCAUGCUUACGAUGGAGAAACGCCAUGAGAGCGAAAAGAUCUUGGAAAAACUGGAUCUUCCCUUCCAAAUCAAUUUGUUUUCAGACGUGGAGCACGGCUUUGCUGUCCGCUGUGAUCUAUCCAAAUCGCACAAUCGGUUUGCGAAGGAACAGGCUUUCCUCCAGGCUGUAGCUUGGUUCAAUCAAUAUCUGAAAAGUCUUUGA